AUGAGUUUGAAAUUUUCAUUAAUAGCAGUACCAAGCAAUACGUUAGACGUUCUCGGCAUCUUCCACGCGCUAGUUUAGUUUGUUUAUGUUUCAAUUCCUUUUGGUCUAUCAGAAAUUCAUAGUGAUUUAUUGUGAGUGAAGUCCUAUUAGGAUUUUUAUUUUAGUGCGAGAAAAUUCAGAAGAAAAAAACUUAGUAAAAAUUCAGUUAGGGUCUUAGUGAAAAAUGGAUCUUUACAGUUUUUUGAAUGUGCAAGCCUUCCUGUUGGUUCCUUUUGUGAUUUACAUACUGUUUUCUAGAAAACCUAAUGGAAGAAGUCUCUACACGAACAGAGAUAUAUUUUAUCCAGUCAAAUACUACUUAUCCAGAAAAAUAGUCAAGCAGUUUCAGGAUAGAAAUAAGAAAAAGAGACAAAAAUAUGGAUACAGCAGUGAGUUGGAAUUCAAGAAAUUUGACAAUGAACAGUGGUCGUAUUUCCAAAGUUUCCGUGCAAUGGACGAAACGGGAAAUGGACUGACAUUAAAACUGACUGUCCGGCCGAGCAAAGUGGCCGAAUUAAUUCUGAUACUGCGGCUAUCUAAUGGGAAAAUAUACACUAUACCAGGUUCAGAAAAAAUCUCUGUGCAAAGUAUCAGAGAAAAUCAGUGGAGAAUCAAUGGUUUGCUCAUUGACAAUCUACAACCAUAUCGCAGACUAAGGAUAGUGUACAAUGGACUUCUACAAGACAUCUCUUGUACGAGCUAUGAGAAAAUUGAGCAUGUGCAAUUCAAUUUGAUAUUUAACUGCUGUUCAGAACCAUACUUUUUUCCCGACAAUUAUGAUUCAGGUUUGCUGACGGAAGCAUUAGCAACAAGUGUGUGGAAGGAUGCCAGUUGGAAGACUUUCUUAGGAAAGCAGGCAAGAGGUUAUGAACAAUUCGGUGCGCUUAUAGGCUUUGUCAAAGGAGAUGCUUUUUCUGAAGAUCAUGUUUUACAUCUUCCAACGUGUAGAUCAAAAUAUCAUGGACCAGAUGACAGAUACUUAUUAAACAGAAGUGUAAAUAUAUUUUUAGUGGAUAGUCAUGGUGUACUAAUUAAUUUAAAUUUGAAACUAUAUGUAAAUGGGGACACUCAUUUGAAUUAUGGUCAUGUGAUACACAAAUACAAUGAAACCGUACCAAUAACGAGGCAAGAUUUACGCAUCGAGUGCGUUGGUGGGAACAAAUCGGUGCCAGAUUUGAUCGUUGUGCAUAUUAAUACUAAAACAAAGGAAUAUUUGUGUGCCCUUGAUUUGAAUAAAAACGCAAUCUCUUCUGUGGGAUCAGAUGAGUCUGAUUUUGAACUACUCAGUGUUCCAGCGGAAUGUAACAUUAAUAGCAGACAGGGAAAAAGUUUAGCGGAAUUUUGGUACUAUAAUACAAGCGGUAACAUUAUACUUCCUCAAAUAAAACCACUAUUGCUUGAGAAAAAAGUGAAAAACUUGCCUGAAGAUUUAGUGGUUAAUAUUCAAGAUGAAAAUGCAAAGAUACUAAACUUAACAGGUGGUAAAGGGACAUCUUUAGCACUUUUGGCAACAAUGAGUACUGAAGAGUUUGUUGUUCCACCUGGUAUAAUACUAACAGUAAACGCCUUUAAACACCACCUUUCAGAGCAUCCCCACUUAAACCGAGUAAUUCAAAACAUUGAAGACGUCUUUUACAAGAAAAACGAAGGCAAACGGGAAGAAGCCUGUGCCGAGGCUGCGGAUGCUAUUAAGAAAGGACAUAUUUCUGUGGAGUUACUAAAAUUUAUUAACAAAGGACUUGAUGAUGUAAAACGGAGUUGUAGUGAAGAUGGAACUGGUAGUAUAAGUUGGGCAGUACGUUCCUCAGCUAUAAGUGAAGAUUCUGAAGAAUUAUCAGCAGCUGGUCAAAACGAGACCGUUCUAGGAUGCACCACAGAAGAAAAACUGAAACAAGCCAUUUUAACUUGUUGGGCAUCGCUGUAUACGUACCAAAGCGUUCAAUAUAGAUGGCAGCAUGGACUCCCAAUUCGAACUGAUAUGGCGGUUGUUAUACAGAAAAUGGUACCUUCUGAUUCGGCUGGUGUUUUGUUUACUUGGCAUCCUUCUACAAACGAUCCGUCACAGAUGGUCAUAACCUCAAAUUAUGGGUUAGGCGAGAGUGUUGUCUCUGGAGUAUCGGAACCAGAUACGUUCAUUUUAAAUAGGAAUUACUCAGGACAAGUGUGCUUGUUAGAUCAAGUCAUAGGAUCAAAAACCAAAGUGAUUACAUUAGGUGAUGAUGGUACCAAAGAAACUGAUACGAUCAACGAUCAAAAUGAAGGUUUUCUGUUGGUUGAAAAGAAUGGUGAUCAAAACUGGAGUAUCACCAAAGAACAAGCGGUAAAACUGGGAAAAAUUGGUCUUAUGCUAGAGGAACUAUUCGGAGGACCAAGAGACAUUGAAUGGGCUUUCUAUAAGAAUAGGCUGUACUUGUUACAAUCACGACCGAUCACUACACUCACUACAUGGACGGAAUAUGAACUCACUCACGAAUUUGACAACCCGGUGAACACAAAGAACAGCGUCUAUACUAUGGCUAACGUAGGAGAGGUAUACCCGUUGGCAAUCAGCGCUCUGGGACAAACCGUUGCUGAGAUGCUUGACAGAGGAGUCCAGUUAACUCUAAAAAAGACUAAUACGUUUACUAGGUCUUCUGUUAUAUGCAGUCACAAUCGACUAUUGAUUGAUAUAGUAAUGUCUCUACACAAAAAUGCCAAACACGAAAUUGAAAUGGCCUCGAAAAUACUGGAUCUGGCAAUAUUUGGACAUGUUGUCAUUAACGAGAGUAUUAACCAAAUGGUUUUGGAUAGACUGGGACCCACGACAUCUAUAACUAUGGCAAUGGAAUUCUACAAGAUGGUAUCGAAGGCAUGGUCUGUAAGUGGUGUGGCAAAAAAAGCCAAAGAACUUUCUUUAGUUUUGGACUACGGUGUAAGAAGUGAGGACGAUAUUCAGACGAUACGAGAAAAAUUACGUGCAGGAUUUAACUCUCUACAAACGUUAAGUUACUACCACAGUAUUGUUUCCGGUGUCUCAGUGUUCUACCAAAUAAUCUGUAUGAAUAUCCUAAUAGGAAAAACAAAAGGUGAAUCAUAUUCUUCCACGCACAAUAAAACUAAACCAAAUGAUUUUUUACAGAAUAGGCUGUACUUGUUACAAUCACGACCGAUCACUACACUCACUACAUGGACGGAAUAUGAACUCACUCACGAAUUUGACAACCCGGUGAACACAAAGAACAGCGUCUAUACUAUGGCUAACGUAGGAGAGGUAUACCCGUUGGCAAUCAGCGCUCUGGGACAAACCGUUGCUGAGAUGCUUGACAGAGGAGUCCAAUUAACUCUAAAAAAGACUAAUACGUUUACUAGGUCUUCUGUUAUAUGCAGUCACAAUCGACUAUUGAUUGAUAUAGUAAUGUCUCUACACAAAAAUGCCAAACAUGAAAUUGAAAUGGCCUCGAAAAUACUGGACCUGGCAAUAUUUGGACAUGUUGUCAUUAACGAGAGUAUUAACCAAAUGGUUUUGGAUAGACUGGGACCCACAACAUCUAUAACUAUGGCAAUGGAAUUCUACAAGAUGGUAUCGAAGGCAUGGUCUGCAAGUGGUGUGGCAAAAAAAGCCAAAGAACUUUCUUUAGUUUUGGACUACGGUGUAAGAAGUGAGGACGAUAUUCAGACGAUACGAGAAAAAUUACGUGCAGGAUUUAACUCUCUACAAACGUUAAGUUACUACCACAGUAUUGUUUCCGGUGUCUCAGUGUUCUACCAAAUAAUCUGUAUGAAUAUCCUAAUAGGAAAAACAAAAGAGUUGCAUCAGGAUCAUCAUGUAGAUUUUGCUAACAUACUCAUGUCGUGUGACGAUGUCGUUUCUGCUGAGGUACCUGUAUACCUGGAAAAAAUUGCUAGAGUCGUUAGAAAUGCAGGAUUAGCUGAAGAGUUUAGUGAAGUUUCAGCUGAAUCUGGUGUCGAUUGGCUUAGAAUAAAAUGUCCAGAAUCUUAUAUACUAUUUGAGGAGUUUUUGGAAAAGCAUGGUCACAGAGCAGUAGGAGAGUUUGAGCUUUCUGUUGAAACUUGGGGAAUCAAGCCAUCAAAAGUCAUUCCGAUGAUCCAAGCGAACACUCUUCAUAUGACCGAUUUUGUUAAAGAACAAAAGUCAACCGAUGAAAUUAUCAGUCAAUUGGUAUCACCUUUAACUUCAGGAAACAAAAGAGCGCUGAAAUUUGUCAUGGCCCGACUCCGAACUGCCGUGGGUCUUAGGGAACAAACUAAAUCGGCCGUUAUACUAGGCGUCCACAAGACGCGAUUGGCUUACAGGCAAUUGGCCGUUAGAAUGGUCAGGGACGGUCUGCUGCCCGGCGAAGAUUUGAUAUUUCAUUUAACGGAUCACGAACUGAACGACCUUAUCCAGAAUGGGAACGUGGGUCUAGUUACGAAAGCAAUCCAACGGCAAAGGUUGUACCCUAAAUGGACCGAACUGAAGUUCCCAGAAGUGAUUUACGGUGUUCCACAGCCGAUCAACGAAAUCGAUAUACCCAUCGAGUUGAAGUCUGGCACCAAAUGCGUUGGUACCACUGCAUGUAUGGGCAACGUCCAAGCGAGGGCCUGCGUCAUCACACACUUGGAUGAAAUUGGCCAGUUACAAAAAGGUGAUAUACUGAUUACAUACUCUACAGAUAUUGGUUGGUCUCCAUAUUUUCCCAUGCUAUCUGGUGUUGUUACUGAAUUAGGUGGGCUAGUAUCACACGGUGCUGUCGUGGCCUAGAGAAUACGGACUACCCUUUA